CAAUAAUGCUUUUAAUUCUCACUCUCACUCUCACUCCAAUCACUCUCUCAGCAGAUCUUCUUCAUUCUCUUUAAUGGCCACCAGAUUCAACCACCAGUUCUCACUCUCAUUGGCCCUCACAUUCUCCCUCUUCUUCUUCACUACCUUCUCUUUCACGGAAGACGUUGAACUCGCUUCUCUCCUCAGAUUCAAAGCCUCCAUCGAUGAUCCAAAGAACUCUCUUUCACGUUGGUCCAAAGCUUCUUCUCUUCACCACUGUAACUGGACCGGCAUCACUUGCACCAGAGCUCCUUCUCUCUACGUCUCUUCCAUCAACCUCCAAAGCCUAAACCUCUCCGGCGAAAUCUCCGACUCUGUCUGUAACCUCCCUUACCUAACUCACCUCGACCUCUCCCAAAACCUCUUCAACCAGCCUAUCCCUCUUCAUCUCUCCUCCUGUCUCACCUUAGAGACUCUGAAUCUCAGCGCCAAUCUCAUCUGGGGCACGAUCCCUGAUCAGAUUUCUGAGUUCACCGCGUUGAGAGUUCUUGACUUGAGCAGUAACCACGUCGAGGGUAAGAUUCCAGAAGGGUUAGGGUUACUCUCGAAUCUCCAAGUUCUCAACUUGGGAAGUAAUCUUCUCACUGGUCUCGUCCCUCCUGUGAUAGGGAAGCUAAGCGAGCUCGUUGUUCUUGAUCUGUCUGAAAACAGUUACUUGGUUAGCGAGAUCCCUUCUUCUAUUGGGAAGCUAGACAAGCUUGAGCACCUUCUCCUGCAAAGGUCAGGCUUCCACGGAGCGGUUCCCACUUCGUUUGUGGGUUUGACGAGUUUGAAAGUGUUGGACUUGUGUCUGAACAACCUCACCGGUUCCAUAGGGCCUUCUUCUCUCAAGAACCUAGUGUCUCUUGACGUCUCGCAGAACAAGAUAACCGGCUCUUUCCCUAGUGGCGUUUGCAGCGGCAAUAGCCUUGUUAGCCUUUCUCUACAUUCUAAUUUGUUUGAAGGAUCACUCCCUAACUCCAUUGGUGAGUGUCUUACUCUGGAGAGGUUUCAAGUGCAGGAGAAUGGAUUCUCUGGUGAGUUUCCGGUUGGGUUAUGGUCAUCACCGAAGAUUAAGAUUAUUAGAGCAGGUAAUAAUCAGUUCACAGGUCAUGUUCCUGAUUCUGUCUCUUUAGCUUCUUCACUAGAGCAAGUUGAGAUAGAUAACAACUCCUUUACUAAUACAAUCCCACAUGGUCUUGGACUGAUCAAGAACUUGUAUAAGUUCUCUGCUUCGGAGAACGGGUUUAACGGAGAGUUACCUCCUAACUUCUGUGACUCACCUGUCCUCAGCAUUGUCAACAUCUCUCACAACACUCUCUCAGGGAAGAUCCCUGAGAUCAAGAACUGCAAGAAGCUUGUCUCUUUGUCUCUGGCAGGGAAUGCAUUUACCGGAGAGAUCCCAAAAUCACUUGCUGAGUUACAUGUUCUGACUUAUCUUGAUCUAUCUGCUAAUAAGCUUACCGGUUCGAUCCCUCCAGAGUUGCAGAGCCUGAAGCUUGCUCUCUUCAACGUGUCGUACAAUAAACUAUCAGGUGAGGUGGCUCCCUCCCUGGUAUCUGGCUUACCAGCUUCCUUCCUGCAAGGCAAUCCAGGGCUCUGUGGACCCGGUUUCCCCCAUCCCUGCUCCUCUGGUCGGUCCAGCUUCUUCCAUAAAGCUUUGUUGUUACUUCUGAUAUGUUUACUACUUGCUCUCGCCGCUUCCCUCUUUGUGUCAUAUCGUUAUUACCGAAAGAAAGCUCAGUUCAAGAGUACUUGGCGGUCGGAGUUCUAUUAUCCUCUCAGGUUAACCGAGCAGGAGUUGAUGAAAGUGGUGAAUGAAAGUAGUCCUUCCGACGUAUACGUUCUCAGUUUAUCGAGUGGAGAGUUAAUAGCUGUGAAGAAGCUCGUGAACUCAAGGAAUAUAUCAUCCAAAGCUCUGAAAGCUGAAGUGAGGACCAUAGCGAAGAUAAGGCACAAGAACGUUAUUCGAAUUCUUGGUUUUUGUUUCACAGACGAGCUGAUCUUCUUGAUAUACGAGCACACGCAUAACGGUAGCUUGCAUGAUAUGCUGCUAUCAAAGCCUGGUGAUCAGCUGCAGUGGAGCGUUAGGUUGAAGAUAGCAUUAGGUGUUGCUCAAGCGUUGGCGUACAUUAGCAAAGAUUAUGUGCCACACUUACUCCAUAGGAAUCUUAAGUCGACAAACAUUCUCUUGGACAAAGAUUUUGAACCAAAGAUCAGUGAUUUUGCUCUUGACCAUAUCGUUGGAGAGGCUGCUUCUCAGUCCUACUCCUGCUAUACUGCACCAGAAAACAAUUACAGCAAGAAAGCAACAGAAGAAAUGGAUGUUUACAGUUUCGGAGUUGUACUACUAGAACUUGUAACGGGGCAAAGAGCAGAGGAAGGAGCAUCUGGAGAGUCCUUUGACAUAGCGAAGCAGGUAAGGAGGAAGAUAAACUUGACAGAUGGAGCUGAGCAAGUUCUUGACCAAAAGAUCUUGUCCAACUCUUGCCAAUCAGACAUGCUAAAGACCUUAGACAUUGCUCUCAACUGCAUCGCCGUUGCUGCAGAGAAACGACCUUCACUGCUUCAAGUCAUCAAAGCGCUUCAGUGUAUAAUAAGCUCUUCUGUCGCAGCUUCAUCUGAAGAGCUUCCAGUUUCCGCAUAAACAAUAUAGCCAAGAGAGAGAGAGACCAUUUUAUUCGCUCUAGUUUUUUACUAUAAAAACCAAGAUAAGUGCGUAUGUUUUGUUUUUGGAGUGUGUGUGUAUGAGAGACAGAGAGAGAGAGUUAUGUAUGAAUGUACAUCUUAUGAGCUUUGGUUUUAGAUUUCUCCAAGGAGUCUGUAUCUUUCAUUAGUGGGAGAGAAACUAAGAUUGUCCUUUUCUUCAACUCCUUUGAUGAUUUUGUAGUA